UGAAUUUCUGUUUGCUCUCAGUGCACCAUCUGGUUUGCAGAACUGACAGACUUCACACCUUCACUGAAGACUAACAGGAUAUCAAGGAAAAGCCAUGGAUUCUCAAAUUGCAAAGAAAAAUCAAAGCCUCACCACAGCAGAGGAGAUGAGAAACCAAACCAAGCUUGUGAUGCAGCCGUAUGCCAACUGGGAGGAGUAUCUGACUCCUGCUCCACUCUCCAUAGCCAUCCUGGGAGAGCUGGUCUUCAUCUCCUCCAAAGAUGAUUUCUCCAUCAACAAGAAUCCACCUAAAAAUGGCUACCAGUACAUUAAAUACCCCGACUCAUUUCGAGCCUGCCUCAUGCAGGUGUGUAACUCCGGCUGGUGGGCUUUCAAUGAGGCCCAUAAGAACAUGGAUCAGAUUAGACUCCACACCAUGGCAGUUCCAGAUUACAUGAAGACUGCUGUGAAGAUCCUUUUCCAAGACAAUGAUGAGGUUGUCAAAGCUCACCUUCCUGACCAGCUGGAGAACAUUCGUGUCAUUGCAGAUGACUGUCUUGAUUUGGCUACAGCAACAGAAAAUCGGUUCACUGAUGUUAUCAAUAUUAUCCAAGAACUGCUGGAAGCAUGUGUAAAUGCUCAGUGCUUUUAUGGAGAGGAGCUGGAGGCUAUCAAGAAAAAAAUAGAUGAGGCAAAGCUGAGGAAACAGUCAGCAGAAGAAGCUGCUAAACGCUCAGAGAAAGCAAUGAAAACCAUGGAAGAGCAACUUAAGGAAGCACAUGAAAAUUACAACAAUGCAAUGGAUUCAUUACCCAGUGGAUGGGAAAUGAUAGGUAUGGAUUUUGUUGCAGGAGUGACUGAGAGUGUCACAGCUGUUGUUGCAGGAAUGACAACCUUAAUGACUCAUCCAUUGAGCAUAAUCAGCAAAACAAGAUCAAUUUUUGAUGUAAAAGAAACCCUUUUUCAAGGUCAGGAUUCUGCUGUUGAUUCUGUUGAUGAAAUAAAUAUCUACUGCAAGUCUGGAGAAAUCCUAAAGUGCACAGAGAACAUUCAAAGGUUUGUUAAGGACCAGGUGAUUAACUGGAAAGAUUUGUAUGAUCAAAAGAAUAAAGCUACAAAAACAGAUUUCCAGGCAGAACAGUUCAAAAGAAUCAAGCAGAGUUUAGAAAAAAGCCCAAAGUGCAAAGCAAGAGAAGCAGCUCAAAGCCUAUGUGAUGAGGGAAUUGAAAUCUGUGCAGAACUAGCAAAGUCUGCACCAGAGGGGAAAUGUGAAGAAGCCAAAGAAAAGCAGCUGAUUGAAAGAAUCCAGAAACUGACUGAAUCAUCUCGCAGUUUCGACAGCAGAAGUAAAGAUGUUACAAAGACUCCUCCUCUGGCUCCCAAACCACCAAUGAUGUUUAAAGAAGAAAGUAAUUCUGAGAAUAUAAGUGUUUCACAAAGGGCAUCAGAGAACGGCAGGUUCCGCAUAGAGCAGAACCGCGCUCAACUGGACAAGACCAGAGAGAUCUAUGAGAAGAGUGUAGAGACCAUGGAGAAGAACCAGAAGGAGCUGACUGACAUCCUGAUCACCAUGAGAAACUGUGAGGUCAAAGAGAUCGACUUCAACACCACCAUAAAAAUGCUGGUCAAAGGUAUGGAUGCCAUGGGGAGGGUGAAGGAGCAGUGGGAGAAGAUGGUCCGCUUCUUUCAGAUGGUGUCCAACAUUGUGAAAACCACCCUGACCAGAACCCUUAAAGAUUUUGUCACCACAUCUGAGAAGACACAAACACUUUCCUACAACGCAAAGCUCUUCUCCAAAGAUCUGCUCUACAAUCAAGCCUUUCAAGCCACAAACAUCUCCAGCCUCGUCAACAUGAUCUCUACUACCUACACUGAGGUGUCCACCAAGUACCUCAUGGAUCGUGUCAGCUCUCUGGGAAAACUUAUGGUCAUGGACAAGGAAAAACCAGAGUUUCUUUCUGAGCGUUUGAAGUUACAGAACUCCUGUGAUGAAGCUCAGAGAGCCAUCUUACAACUUGUCCUCAAGAACAAGGAGGAGUUUGAAAGGAAGAGUGAAGCAAGACUGGAGAAGAUCGACAAAGAGUUGCUCGCCAUUCUCCCUGCUGCUGAUCCAGAAGAGAUAAAGAGCAUUCAAGCAGCUGUUAAAAGUGGAUUCGCAGAGGAAGAAGAAGCAGAUUAUUGCUGAAUAAACACAAUUUCUUCUUCUCCACAAUAUAUCACAUAUUUCACUAUAUUCAUUUCAGCACGUAAUAAUGCAUUAUAACUGUAGUAGUAGAGCUCAUUAUCUACAAAAGCUUGUUUAGAGAAAUAAAAGCUGAUAAUGUUUCCUUCCUGCAUUAUUAAUAUCUGUGAUUUAUAUAAUCAGUAAAAGUGAUAACAGAUGUGAUCCUGCAUGCUGAAUUAGAAAUUAGUAUAAAAUACAUUUAGAUAAAAAGCAGCUUCACUUUUACACAAGAAUCUGAUUUUAAAUGAUUAUUUCCUCAAUGGAACUUUUUUUUAGCUUCCUGUAAACUCUCCACUGCUCUUACACUGAAUAAAAACUUUUGUUGGGCUUCAUUAUA